AUGAAUAUUGAAAAUCAUUCUUCCCUCAAAUGUCAAAUACUGUUUUAUUUUCAACUUAUAAAUUUACUGCUUAUCAUAACAUCUUCAAAAUCAUAUUAUGUUCAUUACAAUUUAAACGACAAUAUGAGCGAUAUGUGGCGCACGAAUUUGAAAUCCACCAUUAUUGAUUAUUUACCAUUGAAUAUUGAACAAUUCACUAGUCUUACAGGCUAUACACCAACACUAAGGUCUGAAAUGUAUAUCUCACCAAUUCAAAUGUAUCAUGUGUAUUUUGAAGAAGAUGAUGAACCAAUUCAUUUGUUAUGUUGGAAUAAUAUGAGACAAGAUUCAAUGUUCACUGACAGUUUAAAUUCAAUGAAUGCAUUAAAUUAUCAUGGUGUUUGGUAUGUUUCAAAAGGUUCUGUAAAUGAGUUAAAAUUGGCCAGAGAUGAAGGUUAUGAAAUAUUAAAUGGAAUGCUUAGAGUCUAUCCAGAUGAAGCAUAUAUACGAAAGCAUAUAUUAUUUAUAUGCUCAUAUCAUGGAAAUCAAUCGAUAAUUCAAACAGUACAUCAGUUAGUUUAUCAUGUACCAAGACUAUUCAAUGAAGUGAUGUAUCUACGAGUUCCGCAGAUGGUUUCAACAACACAAAAUGCAGUUUCAAUUUUAGACAAACAAAAUGAAGACAUUUUAAAACAGCAUAUCAUACAUUCAUUAAAACAAAUGUUUGAUGCAGACGAAUAUUCUAUUGAAACAUUGAAUCACCCGCUGAAUCUAACAGAUACUUACAGUGUAAAUGACAAUCCUUCAGAAACUUAUAUGAAUUUUAGAAUAAGACUCAAUGAAAGUCCGAAAAAUAACAAUGAAAGUAUACAAAGCUUUAAUGCAAUACCACUGAGUAAAGUGAAGCGAUUAAAAUCAUGGUUGAAACAAUUUGAAGUAAUUCAGUUAUGUACUCCUGUAAUACACUAUGAAUUAUUCACACCUUCAUUUUGUGAAGAUUUCAAUAAUCACACUGUUCGAAAUCUAACCAAUGGUGUAAAAUCAGUUAACAAUAAUUUCAAUUUAUGCGAUAUUCUCCGCCAUAAUGGAAUGAUAACAAUAAAACAAGCCAAUUAUUUUACGAAAAAUACUGAGCAGAAAUUCUCUUUGAAAAUGAAAAGUGUUCAUGGAUAUGCUUGUAUGCUACAACUGGAAUGUCAAUGGUAUACCUGUAAAUUUUUUCUAAAAUUUGCCAGUUAUUAUAGAGUUACAGUUAAUUUGAAUCUAACAUCCAACAUUGAACACAUUGAAAAUUCAAAAAACGCUCCAUUAGUAAUAACCUUUAAUCAAAACAAACCAACUAGAAAUGGAUCUUGGAUUCAAACAAUUAAAUUCUUUAGUGGUGAUAAUAAGUAUUUAUCAAAAGUUGUACUUUAUGUGAAUGAAACAUUUCAUUUCAAUAAAUGUCCAUGUGAAAAUGUCAGGAUUGUUCAACAUAAAUACAUUGAAAAAGUUAUGUAUAUCUCACCAAUUCAAAUGUAUCAUGUGUAUUCUGAAGAAGAUGAACCAAUUUAUUUGUUCUGUUGGAAUAAUAUGAGACAAGAUUCAAUGUUCACUGACAGUUUAAAUUCAAUCAAUGCAUUAAAUUAUCAUACUGUUUGGUAUGUUUCAAAAGGUUCUGUAGAUGAGUUAAAAUUGGCCAGAGAUGAAGGUUAUGAAAUAGUAAAUGAAAUGCUCAGAGUCUAUCCAGAUGAAGCAUACAUACGAAAGCAUAUAUUAUUUAUAUGCUCAUAUCAUGGAAAUCAAUCGAUAAUUAAAACAGUACAUCAGUUAGUUUAUCAUGUACCAAGACUACUCAAUGAAGUGAUAUAUCUACGGGUUCCACAGGUGGUUUCAACAGCACAAAAUGCAGUCACAAACAAACAAAAUGAAGACAUUUCAAAACAAUAUAUCAUGCACUCAUUAAAACAAAUAUUUGAUACAGACGAAUAUUCUAUUGAAACAUUGAAUCACUCGCUGAAUUUAACAGAUACUUACAGUGUAAAUGAAAAUCCUUCAGAAACUUAUACGAAUUUCAGAAUAAAGGUCAAUGAAAGUCCGAUAAAUAACAAUGAAAGUAUACAAAGCACUAAUGCAGUACCAUUGAGUAAAGUGAAACGAUUAAAAUCAUGGUUAAAGCAAUUUGAAGUAAUUCAGUUAUGUACUCCUGUAAUACAGUAUGAAUUAUUCUCACCUUCAUUUUGCGAAGAUUUCAGUAAUAACACUGUUCAAAAUGUAACCAGUGGUGUAAAAUCAGUUAACAACAAUUUCAAUCUAUGCGAUAUUCUCCGCCAUAAUGGAAUUAUAACAAUAAAACAAUCCAAUUAUUUUACAAACAAUAAUGAGUGGAAAUUCUCUUUGAAAAUGAAAAGUGUUCAUGGAUAUGCUUGUAUGCUACACUUGGAAUGCCAACAGCAUAACUGUAAAUUUUUUCUAAAAUUUGCCAGUUAUUAUAGAGUUACAGUUAAGUUCAAUCUAACAUCCAACAUUGAACACACUGAAAAUUCAAAAAACGCUCCAUUAGUAAUAACCUUUAAUUUAAACAAACCAACUAGAAAUGGAUCUUGGAUACAAACAAUUAAAUUCUUUAAUGGUGAUAAUAAGUAUUUAUCAAAAGUUGUACUUUAUUUGAAUAAAACGCUUCAUUUCAAUAAAUGUCCGUGUGAAAAUGUCAGUAUUGUUCAACAUAAAUACAUUGAAAAAGUUAUGAUAUUUACCAAUCAGCAAAUAUUACUGUAUCCCAUGUAUUUUAAACAAAUAAAUAAUCGACAAUGUGACCGCCAUUUUCAUCAUCAGUCAAUUCAAACAAGUAAAACAAACUUCGUUCAACGUAUCAAUAUUGAUGCAUUGAAAUGGAAUAAAGAAAAAUUAUUUUGGACAGUCAAUUUGAAACUAUGCCUUAGUAAAUGUAUUGCUGAGGAGUUCAUGAAGAAGCCAACAUGUUGGACAGGUGAAUCCACUGAGCUGUGUUCACAAGAUCUUAUAACAUAUAUUGAUCCAUCAAAGCACAUAGAGGGUUUGAAAGAUGAAUGUUCAUUCAACAAUUCUAUAGAAUAUCAUGAUUUAUCUAUUCAGUGUUCUUACAAUGGUACUAUGAAACAAUUUUAUGACCGCCAAUUAAAUUGUCAAUGGAUUAAACAGAAAUACAGACCACCAGUUAUUUUACGUCAUAUUACUGAAACACAAAUGAUGCUAAGGAAAACAGUCAAAGUGGGGAAUCAUUUCAUAUCAAAGUCAAAUUGGAAGCGAAGUUGCCCAUUAGGAUAUUAUCGUGAAAUGUAUAUCAAUACAACUGAGUGUAUGCCUUGUCCACCGGAUCAUUUCGCUGAUGAGUCAACUUCUGCCUACAAAUGUAAUGCAUGUCCUAUGCGUCAAUCAACUACAAAUGGUAUUUCAGGAGCAAUAUCUAUACACUGUUUAGCAAAUCAGAAUCAAAAAAUCAGUAAACACUUUUUACGGAAACGUAACAUACUACUUAAAGUAGCAAAACGAAGCAUUCAACCAGUUUCUAGUAAUACUGAAGAAGAUAUUAAAGAACAUUUAAUGAAAUGGUUACAACCUGAUGAAGAGAGACUGAAAUUACAAGAUGAUGCGAUCAAUAUAUUCAAGGAGUUGAACUGUCUAGGAUUCUCUUCACAUGAAUUAUUCCUAAUGAUAAUAAUAUCGAUUGGAAUUGCAUGGUUCGGUAUAUGCUUAACAUUCAUUUUAUUUCUCAGUGUACAAGAACCAUUUGGUUAUCAGGUGGAUGAAAGGAAAUAUGCUAAGCGUAGAAGCAAGUUGACGAAAAUCUCUGAUUCAAUUGUAAAUUUGAUGCUAUUUUUCAUAGAAUCAGUACUAUGUUUCCCAUUCCAUUUAUGCUACGGGAUAAAACGUCGUACAAGUAAUGUAGCAUUUAAAUUUAAGAAAAAUGACUUUCUUUUACGCCUGUCAACUGUUAAACGUGAAACUAUGAAUAUCUUUCGUCAAGAAUUAAUCUAUCAUGAAUUAUUUGAAAUGAAACAAACGACGAUGUUACAAGAUAUUCUAACCGAUUUGACAAUUGAUCGAAUAAUUGAAGCAAACCAGACAGAACAAAUAGAAAAGUCUUUAAGUCAAUGGACAGCUGGUUCAACAACAACAGUAACAGAUUUGAAUGAUCCGGAUGAACGUUGUGAAAAUUCCAUCAUUACUAAACGCGUUCAACGGAACUGUGAUGUAAUGAAACCAUAUUUUCGUAUACCAAGACGUUAUAAUCCAGCCUACUUUUUAUUUCAUACGAAAUUUUGGCGCCAAUUCAGUAGACCACGUUCAAGAUUCAAUGCACCAUUUUAUCCGUUGCAAAUUAAGCGGGAAGAUUUAAGAUUUAAUUUUAAUGUUUAA